AUGCUCAAAAAAUCCUCAUCAUCCCGCCAACUAUCCGUCGCUCCGAGCGCCAUCCUAUCCCACAUCCUCCCCCCCUCCCUGGCGCCCUCAUCCGACUCCUUACCCCUCCCUCGCCUGAUAGUCUUCGACCUCGACUACACACUCUGGCCCUUCUGGGUGGACACUCACGUCACCCCUCCUCUGAAGCCCAACUCGACUCACUCCGCCGCCGCCGACCGCUACGGGGAAGACUACACCUUUUACAGUGACGUACCCAGCAUUCUUCAGGCCCUGCCUCAACUCUCUUCUUCUUCUCUCCCCUCCUCGUCCCCCUCAUCCGCCGAUACCACCAUCAAAAACAGCAACAACGGCAGCAGCAGCAAUGACAUCUCCUCCUCUCCUAGAGUGAAGCUCGCCGUCGCAUCGAGGACCUGCGCUCCCAGCCUGGCCCGCGAACUGCUCAAGAUGCUGCACCUGCAACCCCUUGCGGCUCUGGCGCACACCAAGACCGGAGGGUCCGCCACCGGUGGUAGUGGCGCAGGAGGCAGCAGCUCCAAAGACGAGAAGCCGAGGAGAGCAAUUGAUGCCUUCGAGGGAGGCCUGGAAAUCUACCCCAGCAGCAAGAUUCGCCACUUCGAGGCCCUUCACAAGCGCACCGGGAUCCCCUACGAAGACAUGCUCUUCUUCGACGAUGAGGCGCGCAACCGGGAUACGGAGUCGCUGGGCGUCACCAUGUGGCUCGUCCGCGACGGUGUGACCUGGACCGAGAUCGAGAAGGGAGUCGCCGAAUGGCGAAAGAGGAGGGGGUACAAGGCUGCUUAA